UAAAAAAUAUAUACUGUAAUAGUUCUGGGACACAUACAGUACUCCCGGCAGGGAGUUAUAUAUACAUGUUAUAACAAAAUUAUAUUACAAAGAUUCUUGAAAAAGCACACCACUUAAAAAAAAAAACUUGUCUGACGAUUGUCAGUUUACCUUAUGCCUCCACCUAUUCAGUUGACAUCUAUCUGUAUUCAGAAAUAAGAUUUAAACAAAUAUAUUUUUAAAAAUGACAUUAUGUUUGGGAUAGUUUGUGGUAAUACACGUCUCUGCAAUUCUACAAUCAUAUAAUUCCUAAAAUAAGCACGUCGUGAACGAGAAAAAGACAAAGCCUUAUAAAGAAAAAAAGACAAAUAAAGCGUGGCUUUUUUUCCAAUGGAAUCCACGUAUUCGGAUCUCCAGGUCUGAGGAGCGCACAUAUAAGAACUACACUUCCCAGCACCCCUUUCCCGGCCACUACCGUCGACGUAGUUUGUCGGGCGACCCAGUGCUGACAUGGCGGCUCCCAUGGAGUUUCUUCGGCGAAAGAGUGGUCCGCGGUUAAUAAUUCUAUUCUUUGUCGGACUCUUUAUCCCCGCAGUAACUGCCCUCAUUGAGGGGCUAUACUGUGGGACGGAGGUGUGCUACGACGUGCUCGGGGUCACACGGGAUGCCAGUAAAUCCGAGAUUGCCCGUGCCUACCGACAGCUGGCAAAAAAGUAUCAUCCUGACAGAUUCCGAACCGGGGAUCCAGCGCUGGCAGGAGAGAGUCCGGAAAGUGCCCAUCAGAAAUUUCUUCUCAUCGCCACAGCUUACGAGACGCUGAGGGAUGAAGAAUCUCGGAAGGAUUACGAUUACAUGCUUGAUCACCCUGAGGAAUACUAUAGCCACUACUACCACUACUACAGAAGGAGGCUGGCUCCCAAAGUUGACGUCAGGAUUGUGAUUUUGGUAACAGUGUGUGCCAUAUCGGUAUUCCAGUAUUAUAGCUGGUGGAGCAGCUACACUGAAGCUAUUAACUACCUGUCCACGGUGCCUAAAUACCGCAUUCAGGCUACUGAGCUGGCUAAGCAGCAGGGGCUGAUGAACAGGACUAAAGAGAAGGGCAAAAACCGCAGGUCGAAGGAAGAGAUCCGGGAGGAGGAGGAGGAGAUCAUCAGGGACAUCAUCAAGAAUAAGAUUGACAUCAAAGGGGGCUACCAGAAGCCCAACAUAUCUGACAUUCUUCUGUGCAAGAUCCUCCUCUUCCCCUUUUACCUCUGCACCUACGUCAUCUGGUACUGCACGUGGGUCUACCGCUUCCACAUCAAGAGGGAGGAGUACGGAGAGGAGGAGCGGCUCUACAUCAUCCGCAAAUACAUGAAGAUGUCUCAGUCGCAGUUCGACAGCCUGGAGGACCACCAGAAAGAGACCUUCUUGAAACGGCAGCUCUGGAUCAAAGAAAAAUACGAGGUCUACAAGGAGGAGCAGGAAGAGGAGAUGAAGAUCAAGAUGGCGAUGGAUCCCCGGUGGAAGAGAUAUCGGCGAUGGAUGAAGAACGAAGGGCCAGGCAGACUGACCUUCAUUGAUGACUAAACACUCAUAGCGACGCCCUCGCGCCAAUGUAUACAUAUAUAUAUAUACACUGUAUAGACAAGUAUAUAAAUACGACUCUUUAUAGAAGAUAUCUCUACAGAUUAUUUUCUUAGUUAAAUUAUAUCAGAAGUUUAGUGGCGAGUGGUUGGACUCAGGAAUCUGCAUGGUGUUCCCUCUCUUGGUCUUACAGUUUUAACUUGAAAGGGCAAGAAAAAAAACACUGUCCUGUCGUACAAGGUAUCACCUCAGACUGUUGUGAAUCGCUUGACAUCUUGUCCCUGUGAUUCCUUCAGCAGCAUUAGACCUUAAAAGCAAACCUCUCCUUUCCCUCAACAUCUCUUUUUCAUGUUGUCAGAGUUUUCUUGUCGUUGGAUUAUGGGGGUUCUGUUUUAUUUGUGUGUCUCCAUCGGCUACCCAGGUGCUGUGGCUGUGACCCGUAUAUCACGACAUUUCCUCUACAUGCAGAAACGGCAAACUUGAUCAUGUUAAUAAGGGUUAUGUGGUUUUAUUCUGAAGCACAUACAGGGAAUUAUACUGUACCUAGGGUCAUUUUAUCACUGGUCUUCAAUAACUAUUUUUGUAAAAUGCAUGGUAAUGAAUCAAACAUAUCACUUGGGGAUUUCUUAUAUUCUGUUUAGAUUUUACUCCAUUACUGCCGCCGAUAAUGGAAGUCAGAAAAAUACCGUGUAAAAUAUUUUGACAGACCUCUUGUCUAUUUCUGAUUUUUGCUUGGAUCAGUACACUUUUUAUGGACGGGAGAUUUAAGUCCAUUGGAAUAGCCCUCCAAAUGUAUCACUUGGAGCUAUUGUAUCCUUGUGUGUUCAUUCCUUUCCCUGUGUCCUGUGAAUCAUGUACCCUUAUCUCUGCGGCUGAACCUGCUCGUCUAUUUGAAUUUUAUGUUUCAAUGUGAGAUAAAGGAUAAUUAUUUUUUUUUCUGCUUGUUCAACUUUAUGAAUCAUCACAUGAAGGCUGCUUAUCACUCUUUUCUAAUUAAGCACUUUGAAACAUAAAGGAUUCCAGUCACUGAAACAUAGCCUUAGGACAAACUAUUUUUUUCUUUACAUAAUCAUGUUGUAGACCUGUUAACUUUCAGUUUGAACAGCGUUUAAUAUAACGCUUGUAUGCUUUUAGAAAUGUUCCUCACUCAGAAGACCAAUGUACAAUAGGAAGAUCAUCUUUCAUGUAAUAUUAUUGCAUCUUGAGACCAAGGCCAGCAUCUAGUUCUUUAUUUGAACUGUGGAGGCUCUGAAUAGUUUAUUUUUACGUUUUGGCAAGAAUUGUGCAAUUUCAGAGUUGAAAUGAGUCUCAAAACUUCACAAAGCAGACCUUUGAUCCACAAUAACUGUGAUAGUGCAUGAUGUGUCUAUGGGGAGAAAUGAAAAUGACUGUUCUAAAAUCAUGCCAUACAUGUGGCAAAAAUGUGGAAACUGGAAAAUUUAUAGUGAUUUUUCAGGCACUUACAAAUUGAAUUUUCGCAUGUUUUUUGUGAAACGAGGAAAGCAUAAAAGCGAUAAAUUGACGGUAGUCACUGUUUCAAGAAAUUUAGUUUUAGGUCAAUUUUAUAGGAUCAAAAUGGUUUUAGUGUAUGUGGAUAUGCAGAUGAAAAAAAUAAAUUGAUUUAUAUGUUUUUAUCAGAA